AUUUUAGCAUCUUAUAAACCCUAAUUUUCAUUCCCCCCAACAGAAGCACUUGUUCUUCUCGACGAUCCGCGCAUCGUUGAUACUUGAAUACCAUUGGCACGCCAAUCAAAUCUUCUUUCCGGCUAAACAAAUAAGAACCCAAACCCUCAUCUUUCACUUCACUCCCUUGUCUCCCUUCCCUUUCCUCGCUUCUCUCUUUCUUGUUCGAAGAGGAAAGACAAAUUGAGGUCCAGGAGUAGGAUUUAAGGCGAAAGAAAAGGGAUAUGGAGAUCGGUGGCGGCAACUCCCUGCCGGGAAUCGGUCCGGCGGCGAAGAAGCGGAAGGUGUGUUACUUUUACGACCCGGAGAUCGGGAACUAUUACUACGGGCAGGGGCAUCCGAUGAAGCCGCAUCGGAUGCGGAUGACCCACGCGCUGCUCGCCCAGUACGGCCUCCUCGGCCACAUGCAGGUGUACAAGCCCAACCCUGCCCGCGACCGCGACCUCUGCCGUUUCCACGCCGACGACUACGUCACCUUCCUACGCUCCGUCACCCCCGAGACUCAACAGGAGCAGAUCCGCGCCCUCAAGCGCUUCAAUGUCGGCGAGGACUGCCCCGUCUUCGACGGCCUUUACUCCUUUUGUCAGGCCUACGCGGGCGGCUCAGUUGGUGGCGCUGUCAAACUCAACCAUGGGCACGACAUUGCCAUCAACUGGGCUGGCGGCCUUCACCAUGCCAAAAAAUGCGAGGCCUCAGGUUUCUGCUACGUUAAUGACAUCGUGCUAGCCAUCCUCGAGCUCCUCAAGCGCCAUGAGCGUGUAUUAUAUGUGGACAUUGAUAUUCACCAUGGAGAUGGUGUGGAGGAGGCAUUCUAUUCCACAGACAGAGUCAUGACAGUUUCAUUUCAUAAAUUUGGAGACUACUUUCCUGGAACAGGAGACAUACGUGAUAUUGGAUAUGGGAAAGGGAAAUACUACUCACUCAAUGUCCCAUUAGAUGAUGGGAUAGAUGAUGAGAGCUAUCAAUCUCUCUUCAAACCUAUCAUGGGAAAAGUUAUGGAAGUUUACCAACCUGGCGCCGUGGUCCUUCAGUGUGGUGCUGACUCGUUAUCCGGAGACAGGUUGGGAUGUUUUAACCUUUCCAUCAAAGGUCAUGCCGAAUGUGUGAAAUACAUGAGAUCUUUUAAUGUGCCACUGUUGUUACUUGGUGGUGGUGGAUAUACUAUCAGGAAUGUUGCUCGAUGUUGGUGCUAUGAGACUGGAGUUGCCCUUGGGUUAGAAAUUGAUGACAAGAUGCCUCAAAAUGAAUACUACGAGUAUUUUGGACCGGAUUAUACUCUUCAUGUUGCGCCAAGUAAUAUGGAAAACAAAAAUUCGUAUCAGCAAUUGAAUGAUAUUAGAUCAAGGCUUCUAGACAAUCUCUCAAGGAUUCAACAUGCUCCUAGUGUCCAGUUUCAAGAACGACCUCCUGAUACAGAGAUUCCUGAGCCUGAUGAAGAUCAUGCAGAUCCAGAGGUAAGGCAUGAUCCUGAUUCAGACAUGGAGGUUGAUGACUCCAAGCAUCCAGAUGAGUCAGUAAGAAAACCGUUUCCUAUUAAUAUCCAGAAUGUGAGAAUCAAGAAGGAAACCAAGGAAGGUGAUGUAAAAUAUCAGGAAGAUCAAAAAAUUACAGAUCAUUCGAAAGCUGUAGAAGCAGUUGUCGAAGAAAUCUCUGGUUUCAAGUAGGCUUCUGAUGUUGGAUCCACGGCGAUAGAUGAACCCAGGAGUAUAAAGAUGGAAUUGGAGAGCAAGAUUAAGUUGUCCGAUGCACUAGAAAGUGCAGGCAAACACCAGUUUUAGUUUUGACUUGGCGUGGGUGGACAGUUUUAGUUAGCGCCGGAAGAUCACCCGCACUAUUUCAUGCUAGUACCGCAGAUUUGGAAGUCCAGUCUGGUGUUUAAGAUAUACAUCUACGAAUGUGAUUCUGGUAUUAUACUGUUUAAAUUGAAACAUUAUGCUUAAACUAUCUAUUUACCAAUGUGAUUCUGUUAUUAUUUGUACAGGCAAAUUGAAAUAUUAUGCUGAGAGGUUCCUGGCAAA